UCAAAAACUGUUAACCAUAAAUACAUAAACUAAUAACACUAUAGUUUUAAAUAGUUUUUGAAAAGUCCUAAUGGAAUAACACUAGAAUUAUAACAAAAUACAAAUCUUUAAGACUAUACAUAAAUAUAGAAUCCAAUCACACCCCCUUAAUUUUGGUCAACAUCUUAAUAGCAAAACGAUAUUUUACUCUAUAAGACAAACCCAAUCCCUCACUAUAAAUACUCAGUAACACAUCUCAACAUUCUACAUACUCAGUUCAUACUUGCUACAAUUUCCUAACUUUGUUUGAUAAAAAUUCCAAAGACCCAACCCAAAUAUGGCUUGCAAAUUUCUUUGCCACCUAAUCAUCUUCGCCAUCAUCACCUUCGUCGUCCAAGUGUCAGGAUUUUGUGGACUUGAUAGCGUUACUCUGCAACAAUCCAAGUCCGGAAUGGUUAAGAACAAACCAGUGUGGAAAGUGACAUUGAUGAACCCAUGUAGAUGCCCACUCACUAACCUAAAGUUGUCGUGCACUGGUUUCGAAUCGGUUGUACCCGUUGAUACGUUGACAAAAACUGGCGAUGUGUGUCUUCUCAAAAAAGAUAUACUUGGAACCUUCGUUUUCACAUACGUAUGGGACACUAGCUUCGAGCUCAAGGUCAUUAGUGGGACUAUUAAGUUCAAAGUCGUUAAUGGGACGAUCACUGGUUGUACAUGAAGCUUUCUAGCCCAACUGUUUUCGAGUUAAUUUGAACUUGGUUCAUGUUGAUUUAGUUUAUUUUGAGCAUAUGAAAAUGAUGAUAUUUACUCAAAUAUUUUCGAAAUCUUAAUAUAAAUAAAAAAUCUAAUCUAUUUAAA